AUGAACUUUCCAUCGAAGUUCAUUCACUGGAUCAAGCUCUGUAUCACCACGGCUUCUUUCUCGGUUCAGGCAAAUGGAGAACUCGCUGGCUAUUUCCAGAGUGAAUGGAGAUUAAAACAGGGAUGUGCCCUCUCUCCAUAUCUUUUUGUCAUCUGUAUGGAUGUGCUAUCCAAACUUCUUGACAAGUCAGCUCAAAGAAAUCAGAUUGGCUAUCACCCCAAAUGCAAGAAUAUGGGUCUUACACACAUUAGUUUUGCUGAUGAUAUCAUGGUUUUCACGGACGGAAGUCUCAGAUCGAUAGAGGGUAUUAUUGAGGCUUUCGACUACUUUGCCAAAGUAUCAGGGCUGAAGAUAAGUAUGGAGAAAUUGACAAUCUUUUAUGCUGGUAUAUCAGAUGAUGAAAAGCAUGUUCUAUUGAAUCAAUCUGAUUUUGAAUCGGGUUCUUUGCCAGUGCGCUAUCUGGGACUUCCUUUACUCACAAAACACAUGAGAAAAUCAGACGACGAGGUGCUCAUUGAAAAGAUUAAGAACCUCAUAUCCUUAUGGACUAAUCGGUUUCUCUCAAUGGCUGGGCGAUUGCAGCUUAUUGGAUCAGUUCUGAUGAGUAUUGUUAACUUUUGGAUGACUGGUUUCCAGUUGCCGGGAGAAUGCAUCAAGGAAAUAAACAGUUUGUGCUCUGCAUUCUUAUGGUAUGGUCCUAGUCUGAAUGCAACGAAAUCAAAGAUAUCAUGGGAUGUGGUCUGUACUCCAAAGCGAGAAAGUGGUUUGGGUCUCAGACCUUUAAAGGAGAUGAAUAGAGUUCUAUGUCUGAAACUAUUAUGGCGGCUCCUGUCCUCGCAGCAAUCAUUAUGGACAUAUUGGAUAAAGAGAUACUUACUCAAAGGGGAGACGUUCUGGUCUGCUAAAAACAAAACUAAUGCAGGUUCAUGGAUGUGGAGAAAUCUUCUCAAGUACAGAGACAUUGCAAAACUGUUUCAUAAAAGAAGGUCGAGGAUGGACGACAAACGUCUUUUUGGCCUGCGCGGGUGUAUUGAUUUGGGUGUUCGUCUGAAUGCUACGGUCUUCUCUGCUCUAACCACGCGACGGCGAAGGAACCACCGUAUGGACAUUUACAACAUCAUUGAAUCAGCCAUUGAGGAGCAACGGCAUAAGCUGGCUACUGAGGCUAAUUACUCAAAUCGCCUCACCACGGGUGACCGUAUGCUUACUUGGAACACAAGUGUCAACCCGUCGUGUGUCUUCUGCAAUCAACAGGAAACUCGUGAUCAUUUAUCUUUCUCAUGUCCUUACUCUUCUGCAGUCUGGGCACAGUUGAUGAAUGGUCUCCUUGGGUCUCGUUUUACCAUGGUUCUGGGAGGAAAUAAUGGUUCUCACCAUCGACAACAGCAAGGAUAUGAUCACCAAGUUCCUUACUCGUUAUGGGUUUCAGAUUUUUCUCCACUCACUAUGGCGUGA